AUGUCUUUAGUAUUUACCACGGCUCUUGUUGAAGAUUUCGAAGAAUUGCUGGAAAGCGCUGAUGACUAUGACAUUUCGAUUCAGGCGGGGAAAGAGAUCAAUUCCAAACUGUUUCGAGCACACACCAAUAUUCUCAAAGCACGCUCGAAUUAUUUCAAGAAGGCCUUAUCACACAACUAUCAUGAAGGGAAGCACGAAACACCCCUUGUUAUAGUCAUUGAAAACAUAACGCCAGCUGCAUUUGAGGCUAUUCUCAAUGUAAACACUGCUUUACAAAAACAUUUGAUCAUUCACGAAGCAGCCUGGAUCAAAUCUCAGUUUUCGCAUGUUCGUCACAUAGCAUCCCAGAAAAACUACAAAUCCAUAUUAUCAUUCUGCAACGAUUUGGCUAAAUAUGAUCCCACGGUAGUGUUCAAGGCUGCAGAUUUUAUGCAACUGGACAAGGAUCUUUUGGUCAAUAUAUUGGAACAAGAUUACAUAGGGACCACGGAAGUCGAGGCAUGGGGAAAAGUCGUCGCAUGGGGAAAACAUCGCACGGCAGGUUUACCAGAGGACAUGAAGGAUUGGCAACAAUGUCAUUUUGAAGCCUUGAAAUCGACAAUCGAAGAUUGUAUCCCAUUGAUUAGAUUUUUUCAAUUCACGGCUGCCGAGUUUAACGAUCAUGUUAUUCCAUAUGAUGGACUUUUGCCUAAAGAGCUUUUCAAGGAUCUGAUGGGAUAUUUCUUGAAACCUAAUUAUACUCCCAAAUCGAGCAUACUACCAGCGCGAACAGGCCAUAGGUGGCUAUCGUUUUUGGCAAGGCUUAUGAUGAUACGUGUGAAACGACAAGACAGGACACAGGAAGAAGAGAUAGAAGAAAUCAGCGAUAACUGGUUGGAUAUUGCCGAGUCUUUGGGCAUGUUUGAAAACAAGAAUAUUACUGGGGUAUGGGAAGAAAGCAUUCACGUACAGAAUCAAGAAGCGAUACAAGAACAGACCAACGAGCAGGCCCACAAACAGGCCCACGAGCAGACACAAAAAAAUGAGAUUUUAGUAACUCCCGAAGAAGAAAAUCAUUCGCUAGGGAGAGUGUGGGUGAUUUCCGAAGAAGAAAAUCAGGCAUUGGGAAGAGGAUGGAUCACAUUGGAAGAGGAAAAUCAUUGGAAAGCUUCUACGUGA